AUGGCGAUGUUUGCUCCUAAGCCUGGUUGUCCGCUUUGUGGGAUUGUCGCUUCUGCUCUUCCAACCCCGUCAAACUCUUGGCGAGCACCAGCUUUCUCGAGCGAUCCUAGCAACUCAACAAAUCCUGAACUGCUUUGGAAAGACCAAGAUUUUACCGUGUAUCGAGAAAGAUUACAACCAGUGUCUUCAAAGGGUCAUAUCAUAAUUGCUUUCAAUCUUCAUGUUCCCUCACUUUACGACUUGUCAUCCACGGACCUUCCUCUCCUAGUGAACAUUCGAAAUCUCGCUACUAGGCUGCUUGCGGCGCUCGAUGCACCUUCCGAAUUACCCAACACACAGUCUUCUUCAUCGCCUAUACACGAAGGAAACCCUCGGUUUCGCGUUGGCUUCAUAACACCUCCGUUCAAAGACAACAAGAUUCCUGUUACGGAUCAUCUACACGCGCAUGCAUACAUCGAGCCAUCAGACCUCAUGGGCUGGUGGAGGGGUUUAGCAUAUGGAUCGUUAGCAUGGUAUGCUAUUGACGACUUGAUUGCAGAGAUUCGAGAAACUGUUUCCAACAACCGUGUCAAAUCUGGUUACGGGAAUCGUCAGAAUGCACCUAUCGACAAAGUGCCGCUAGCUGGGGCGAGGAGUGGAACCGCUGAUGGCGUGGAGACUAGUGAACCUGGAUUACCCCGAACCGAACGUGACCUCGAAGACGGAGAAUCACCAUCUCAAACACCAACAUCCGCUCAAGCAAUGCUUGUGUCGCAGCAUCCCUUACGAACAUAA